AUGCAGUUAUUCCUACACAAGGUGGAAUGUACGGAUAAACAGUGUUCCAGCAGAUCUGGCAUUGUCCCUGGCUCCUGGCAGUUCAAAAUGAAGCUGCAAUUGAUUAUUAAGUCUUCCAAAGCGUAUUAUGUACUAUCAGAUGCCGCAAUGAGCCUGCAGAAGUAUGGACGAGCGCUGAGAUACAUCAAGUUGGCUUUACAGUGUUACGAUGCCUACAGCUGCCUGUGUACCAGUCAAGUUCCCGAUGUCAUGCUGUUACUUUGCCAGUACCUCACUCUCUGCGGAGACAUCCAGCUCAUGCUGGCCCAGAACGCAAGCAACCGAGCUGCAUAUUUCGAGGAGUACAAUUACCAG